CCUCGCCCGCAGGGAACGACGGCCGACGCAGUCGAUUCGUCAGCCAAUCAUGGCUCGCCUCGCCCUAUCCGGCUCGCUGAUUAGAGGAGAGCGGGGCCGGCGGCCGGAUGUUUUCCUCGCGCGAUGGCGGCCAGCGGCGGGCAGCUCGGAGGCUUCUUCGAACACCACGUCCCCAAGGCCGUGUGCGACACGCGGGCCAAGUACCGCGAGGGCCGGCGGCCCCGCGCCGUCAGGGUGUACACCAUCAAUUUGGAGUCUCAGUAUUUGCUGAUCCAGGGGGUCCCCGCGGUGGGAGCCAUGAAGGAGCUGGUCGAGCGGUUUGCUCUGUACGGCGCCAUCGAGCAGUACAAUGCUUUAGACGAGUACCCGGCGGAAGAGUUCACGGAAGUCUUCCUCAUCAAGUUUACGCACUUACAGAGCGCCAGGACAGCCAAGCGGAAAAUGGACGAGCAGAGCUUCUUUGGCGGAUUGCUACACGUGUGCUAUGCUCCGGAAUUUGAAACAGUGGAAGAAACCAGGAGAAAGUUAGAAUCGAGAAGGGCAUAUAUAGCCAGAAGUACCAGAAGCAAAGACUGCUUCCCGACAAAGCGGAGGCCGCUUCCCAAGCAGCAGGACUCGAGAGCUUUCGGACCAGACUUCCGUGCUGAUGCCUGCUGGGAAGCUAACAGGAGCACGUCUGCCGGGCGCAUGCACCCUACUCUCCCUUAUUCCUGCGAACUGCCCCUGGGGUGCUUUGCCGGCUCGCCUGGGGAGUGUGUGGGUGGACCCCCAUCCCCCUUCGCGCUAGGGGCGAGCCACUUCGACGCCGUGGGACCACGCCUGCGGGACCUUCCGCGGGAACCAUCGGCAGCUUCCACAGACCGGGCGGCCUGCGCUGGGACGCUUGGGGCCAUCACUGCUUCAGCUGCUGUGGGUAGAUUUAUGCCCCGGACAACACAGCUGCAGGAGCGGAAACGCCGAAGGGAAGAUGACCGUAAACUUGAAGCGCUGCUUGCAAGGAACCCGAGCAGCACCGAAGUGGUGAUUGGGCCUCUGCUGCCGCGGGAGCCCCAGGUGGACAUGCAGGACGCCUCGCUGAAUGCCACGGCAACCCUCAUUCGGAAUAAGCUUAAAGAGGUAAGUUCAUCUGCUCCAGAGCCUGUGGAGGGCCAGCCGGAAGCGGCUCCCGCGAGUCGCCCGCUAAAGCCAAGACGGAGGAUAUGAGCCGCUGGCGAGCAGUGCUUCGAAACAAGAGCUCUUCUGAUUCUGCAAGAUUCUGCUGCUUAUAUUUUACAAUGCACUUUUUUUGUACUUUCAUACAAAAUAAAUGUCUAAUGUGAUUCAUCCUUACUGUCCUUGUGGCGGAACAUGGCUGAUCAGCAGCUGAAGUCGGCGUGGUUCUGAACACCAGCGCCUCAGGGUGAAGGCAGUUUUAUAAAGUAGUUAGUAGCUAUCAGAACAAACGUGAAAUUGAAACUCAUCAUACUCUAAUUAACAUCUAAUAUACUCGAUCUGUGGCUAGCUAAAAACAU